CCGGAUGCGCAAACUUGCAUACUGUUGUUCUCUACCUCCAAUGGCAGCAUGUGAAACCACUGCUGGAACCACAUUUGACUUGGGCAUGACCGACCCCCUGGGCCUUUUGCCUGGGCUUGACAUACCAUGACGACCUCCUUAUUCAACGCCCUUGAAAGGCGUAGGGAAGGCAGGAGAAUCCCUGCGCGCAGCCACGACUUCCUGGUCGAUAGGCUGCAGCUUGCAGACCGUGACAGCGGCCGGCUCCCGCAAGCAAGCACCGCGCUCACCUUCGCGGAGACUGGCCAGCACCUGCUUAUUGGUGAUGAAGCCUCACGACUCACGCUGUACCAGCCUGAUUCUGGGCGCGUCAGCAAGAGCUUCGAUUCGGGGCACACCGGCACGGUCCUCUGUGCACGCUUCCUAGCAGGGUCCGGCGGGAGCAGGGUGAUCACCUGUGCGACGGAUCGGCAGGUUCGUGUCAUCGACCUGAACCGUCAGGCGGCGCGCCCCUUCUCUUUCCAUAAGGGCAGGGUGAAGACGCUCGCUUCACUUGGACCAGACACGUUUCUGUCCGCCAGCGAAGAUGGCAGCGUGCGUCUGUACGACAUCCGGCAAUCGGGCGCCGCCGCGGGGGGCGAGCCCAAUACCCUGCUGGUGGAGCAGUGCUGUGAGCGUGCGGGCCGCAGCAGCCUGCGCAUCCCCAUCGACGCGCUGGCCGUGUCGCCCACGGCGCCGCACCUGUUCGCCACGGGCGGAGGAGACCCCAUCGCGCGACUGUAUGACAUGCGCAUGCUGCCCGGCGGCGGUGGAGGUGGAGGUGGAGGUGGCGCGUACAGGAUGGCCUCUGCCGGCGCCUCGCCCGCCACGCCGCCCACCUCGCGGCCGGCGUGGGUGUCGGCCUUCGCGCCGCCGCACGUGUGCGUGCCCAUGUUCAUGGCGGGCGCGAACGGUGGCUUCAGCACCAUGGGCCGGGUGCGCCACCUGACCGGACUGGCCUUCGCGGUGAACGGCCGGGAGCUGCUGCUCAGCUACAGCGGUGACGCCAUCUAUGCGGUGGACGUAAAGGCGAACGCCAUGAGCUAUGACCAGCUGGAGGCCCGUCUGCGUUCGCACCUGCCGCCGCCGUCACCCAUGGCAGCAGCGCUCGGGGCAAACCGUAUGGCGUCGCCGGCGGGUGCCAGAGGCGGCGCAGUGGCGGGAGCAGGGCCGAGUCCGCGGCCGGCGGCGUGGGAGUUCUUCACGCCUCCGCGCCGGCUCGCCACUGGCAUUGUGGGUGACAGUGCCGGAACGGCGGCGGACGGUGCCGUCCCUAGCGGCGGGCUGAGCGGGGCGCGGGGUAGCAGGCGCGCUGGGAUUACAGGCGCGGCAGGCACCAGCGCGGCUGGGCAGGCGUCGAUGCAGCAGCGGCGCAGCGCAGCUGCUACGCAGAGGGGCACUGCCGAGGUGGCGAGCCCUGCCGGCGCCGAUGCGGUGGGAGCGGCCUCGACGAGCGGCUCGGAGAGUAGCAACAAUGAGAGCGAGGGAGAGCGUGGGCCGCACUGGCAACCACAGCGCGCACAGCAGCGGCAGCCGGCGCAGCCGCAGUCCCAGUCUCAGCGGGCUUUGCGGCCCACGCCACGCAGGGUUCUCUUGACGCCUGGGUCAGGGGGCAGACCGCCCGUAGCGAGGACGCGAAGGACGGGAUCCAAUGUCGCGACGGGGCUUGAAGCAGGAGGUACACCGCCUGUCGGCGGCGCUGAGGCGGCUGAGGUCGCGGCGCUCCCAGAUGACCCAGCGGCAGCAGCACUGCACCGGCCUGGUGUGGCUGCUGCUGCCGGGGCGGGCGGUGCGGCGAGCGGUGCAGGCGCGGGUGGCGGCGGUGGCGGUGGGACUGUGGAGCACACGCUCUUGAGCAUGGCCCUCCCGGACGCGACCAUGACCAUCGCUGCAGGAGAGGUAGCUGGCGCGGAAGCGGCAGCAGGGGACCGGGCUGCUACGGCCGCUGUUGGCGCAAAUGCCGCGGACAUUGGUGCCGCUGCAUCUCCCAGUCGGCCGGGCCGGCGGGUGGCCUAUUACCGCUACACGCUGUCGCCCGCAGGCGCGCGACCUCCGCAGCCUCUGGGACACGAAGCGGCUGGUGGCGCGCCCGGGGCUUCCCUGCCUGCCUUCCUGUCACCCCCACGCGGGGCCGGCCAAGGCAGCAGCGCAGCUGCAGCGGGCGGGCAGCCCGGCCCGGCCUCGGACACAGACACAGACACAGAGAUGGCGGAAGCAGACGCUGGCGGCGUUGCAGCGGUGGCAGCAGUCGGUGGCGGUGUGGGAGCUGCAGCCGGUGGGGCGGGCACCGCUGCGUCGCGUGCUGUGACGGAGGCGCCGCCGCUGCCGCUGUGGCCGCACGACCGAGCGGAGCUGCUGCGGCGGCUCGAACGUGUCUCGGAGCUGACGCGGCAGGCGCUGGCCCAGCGGCGGCAGCUCGCGGAGGCAGGGCGCGCAGCGCUGCACGAGCGUGCUGCGCGGCCGGGCGCCGGCAGUCCAUUACCGUCGCCCGAUCCACAGCAGCACCAGCAGCAGCGUGGGGGCAGUGGGAUUUCUCCUGGGCCCGUGCCUCAUAGGGUUAGAACCGUGGGCCGUGUGGAGAGCGCCAAUGGCUCGGGUAACGUCGGUGCUGGCGGUAGCGACGGAACCCACGGCAGCAGUAGAAGCAGCAGCGGCGAUGAUGAGGAUGCAGGCUUUGAUGAUACGCCCACAAUGCGUCGACAGUGGCGGCAGCAGCAGCAACACCAGCUGGAGCUUAAUUCUGCACCGCAAGGCUUGUGCGAUACCGGUACUUUGCCGCUGGGCGAGUCCCAACAGCUUCAGAACCAGGAGCAGGGGCGGCAGCCACAGCAACAGCCGCCGCGGUCGCAGCGGCAUCGCCGGCGGACGCGGGCGUCCCUGUCCUCACCUGCCUCCGUGUCGGACAUGCAAUACGGUGCCCUCCCACUGAGCCGCCAGGAGUUCAUGGCGGGCGCUGCAGUGCCUGCUACAGCUGUACCCGCAGCGGCGACGCAAAUGGACGCAGCAGGAUGCAGCGGGCGGGCCGCGUCAGCAGGAAGCGGUGGCGCCGGGAUGUGCGAGCAGGUCGGGUCCCAGGCUGGCGGCUCCAACGGCGCCGCCCGGCGCACUGCAACAGCGGCGGUUGAAGUCGGAGAUGCCAUGGACAUGGAUGGCUGUGACUCGGAGGCCGGCGGCGAUGCUGGUGCGCCCGGUGGCAGCGGCGACGCUGGCCACAGCGCAGGCGCUGCAGGUGAGGCGCCGGUAGGGACUCCGGAGCGACGGAGCAAGCGCGCGCGCACGCACCCACACCAGCAGGCACAGCCGCUCCAGCAGCCUCGGCAAGCUGAGCACCAGCUAGGGGCAUCGGCGGCGGCGGCGGAGCCGGGCCCAGGCCGUUCUGCGGCUGCAGCGGCCCUGGGCAUUGCCAGGGGGCUAGCGUCGCGCAUAGCCGCUGCAGAAGCCUGGCGCCGCACGAGCGCCACUGAGAACGCGGCGUUGCUGCCAGCGGCAGUGCCGAGCGCUGCAGGCCCCGUGGCAUCAGGACCCGCUGGCGUCACGGACGCUGCGCCGGUGGGGCCGCCGCCCCUGCUGGCAGCUGCACGCGCAGCUGCUGAAACCCCAGCCUUGCUGCCGUCACAACGGACCGCGGCCGCCGGCUCGCCUGCCUCUCCCAGCCCCAGUCCCUCACAGCAGCCCCGGCGCGCACUGCUGUUCCGUACCCGCAUCGGCGGCCCUGGCAGCUUUGGCGGCGCGGGCUCGCCGGCAGCUGCCGCUACUGCUGGUGCCGCAGCGAGCCCCGCCGGCCCCGGGGCCGUGCGGACGGCCUCCGCCGCUGCCUCGCCUGCACGUGCUGGCGCCAGUGUUGGCGCUGGAGGCAGCGCCACGCAGGAUGCGCGGCCGGGCCGGGCCGGCAGCAUGGGCGGCAGCGGAUUGCUGUUGGGGUCGGAGGGCGCUGCGGCUGACCGGUCGCCUGUUGUAGAUGCAGCCCGCGGGGUGGGGGAGGUGGGUCUGGACCCGGCAACCGUGCCGCUGCCUUGGCGGCGCUUCUCGCCGGCCUCCCGAGGAGGCCAACAGCCCCAGCAACAGCCACAGCAGCACCCCGCAGGGCCGACCACCGGGGCUGGCGGGGUGGUUGCAGGGGUGGGGACAGCUGCAGAGGGCGGUCCGAGGGCGGACUCACUGCACCAGACGGCGGCCGGGUCUGGACCAGGGCGAGUGCAGCGGGUGCUGUGGGCGGCGGCCGACCCGCUGCUGAGUGACCCAGGACCGUCCGCAGCAGGUGACGCAGCCGCCGACACAGCAGCCGGGGCAGGAGCCGAUGUGGCAGCCCGGGCAGGCGCAGGAGCAGGCGUGGAUUUGUCCUACAGUGCUGCAGAGGAGCGUCGUGUGGGCGCGGUGGUGUCGGACGGCAUGCCGGCGGGCAGUGCGGCAGUGGGGCUGGGAGCUGCGUCAGCCGCGGCGGCGGCGGCGACAGAGGCGCCGGAGGGCGGGCUGGAGGGCGGCGGCUACCUGCGGCGCUUUGACGGGCACAAGAAUGUCAUGACCGUAAAGGAGGUGGCGUGGAUCGGCGAUGGCAGCUCUGGGCCGUCGUACGUGGCCUCGGGCUCGGACGAGGGCCACGUGUUCCUGUGGGACUACGACAGCGCCAACGUGGUGCGCAUCCUGCCCGUGCAGGACCGCCUCGUGCCCACAUGCCUGGCGGUGCACUGCCUGGAGCCCAUGAUCGCCACGUGCGGCAACGGCACGGUGGCGCGGCUGUGGGCGCCGGGUGCGGGCGGCGCCGACGAAGAGGAGGAGGAGGAGCAGGAGGCGGGGGCGGAGCGGCAGGCUGCGGCAGCGGCCCAGCGGGAGGAGGAGCCGGUGGACUCACUGCUGCGAGCUGUGGACCAUGUCAUGGAGGCGCUGGACGAGGUGGCGGCCGCGACAGCGGCGGUCAGGGCCGCAGCAGCUGCCUUGGGCGGCGACGUCGGCUCCACAGGCCGUGCCCGCGGUCAGGGCCCUGUGGCGGCCAACGCGGAUGGAAGCGAGGACCGCGCUGGUACCGACGGCGGUGUUGCCACGCGGCAGCGGGAGCGCAGCCGCCUGACGUCGGCGCAGCAGCAGCUGGUCGUGGCGAACCGGGAAGACCUUGCUCGGCGGCAGGCGGCGGCUGAGGCGGCGGCAGCGGAGGCGGCGGCGCGGGGUCGGUCGCCAGCGGGCGCCGGUUGGGCGACCUUCGCGGCGGCCAUUCGGGAGAGGUCGGCAGACAUGGUCGCCAACGUCACCGCCAGCGUCACCGCCGCAGCAGUGGCUGCCGCUGGCGGCGCGGCCGCCGCUGAAGGUGGGCUUGCGCCAACUGGACCGAGCGCCGGCGGCGCCGUGCCUGGCGGCGACGUCCGCCAGCGGCUGGUGGCGGUAGCUGGCGCCAGCGGCCCGGCGGGCGCGGCGGCGCCGCCGCCGGGUGCCGCUGGGCCUCAUGGGGCUGCGGCUGGGGCUGCGGGAGGUGGUGUGGAGGGCGGGGGCGGGUCACCGGCACGGCCCCAGGUGCUGCGGCUGGAGACGGCGCUGGACCGGCAGAUGCGGCGGAGCGGGAGCCCGGAGGAGACCAUUCCGGCGUUUGGGCCCACGCCGCCGCGGCGCGGGUACGCUGCGGCGGCGGAGGGUACCGGUGCGGGUGCCGCUGGCGCAGCCGGCGGGUCGGCUGGUGCGGCGGAGGAUGACAGCAGCUCGGGAGAUGAGCAGCAGCCUCUGGGUGAGGUGGUGCUGUCGCCGAGGACUUGUGUGGUGAUGUAGUCAGGCUGGCCCGCGGGUGCGUGUAUGUGGUGGUGUUGAUCGAGCAUGAGUGGCGUUUGCGUACAUUGGCAUUUCUGUAACAUGGGAAAGGU